AUGAAACAGGGCGCUCCAAGUAAGGAGGUGGCGGGGAAGCUGAUGUCAACAGCAGCUGGCAAGGGGUUGGCAAAGAAGUCCAAUUUCAAGGGCGUGACCUGGCACAAUUACAACCGCCGCUGGCGCAGCAGCCUCCCAAUCGCAUCCUCCUCAGAGGCAAAGUGGCCCAGCGGCUGCCAUCUUCCAUCUGCAUGA